AUGCCUUGUUUGCAGUUGAUUCGACUUCGAAAAAAGAAGAAGAAGCAGGAAGAAAUAGAGGAAGAAAUAGAAGAUGUCAGAAGAAUGAAGGGAGGACGAAAUGAAGAAGAAAACGAGAAUGAAGAGGAUGAUGAGCCAGUCGAAAGUUCGUCAAUUGGGUGCUCGCCACUGACAAGAAGACGUCGGAAAUCAGCUGCUGUUGGAUCGUCAGCAUCCGAAAAGCAUCACCAUAACCACGGUCAUCAAUCGCCACGAAAAUCACCGGGGUUCCGAUUUCGACGGAUUUUUGACACUUUUACGUUUACGAGAUCCCUCAAGCCACAGUAUUCGUUGGAACAUAAUAACGAUGAAGAGGAAUCUGACGAAAUUCAAGGCGGAGAAAUGGAUGUAGUCACACACCUUCUUCUGGAGGUUAGACUGAAUAAUGGAGAAGAUCUUCCAGUUAAAGAUGCAUCUGGAAGUUCGGACCCCUAUGUCAAAUUCCGGUACAAAGAUGCAAUCGUUUAUAAAUCUGGAACAAUUUUCAAAAAUCUGAAUCCCUCGUGGGAUGAAGAAUUCCAAAUGAUUGUUGAUGACGUCACUAGUCCAAUCAGGCUGGAAGUUUUUGAUUUCGAUCGAUUUUGUUCGGAUGAUUUCAUGGGAGCAGCUGAAGUAGACUUGUCACAAGUCAAGUGGUGCACGUCAACUGAUUUCCAUGUGAAUCUACUCGACGAGGUCAAUGAACCAGCCGGGAAAGCGUCUAUUUCAGUGACCAUCACACCAAUGACACAACUGGAAGUUCAACAAUUUCAACAGAAAGCCAAAAAUGGAAUUUUGAGUAACACAGAAAAGAAGAAGGAGCAAAGAGCAAACAACACUCAAGACUGGGCAAAACUUGUAAAUAUCGUCUUGGUGGAAGGAAAGGGAAUACGUGUGGAAGAGAAAAGUCCCGAUGCAUUUUGUAAAUUCAAACUGGGUCAGGAGAAAUACAAGACAAAAGUGUGCUCGAAUACCGAACCGAAAUGGAUUGAACAAUUCGAUUUACAUGUUUUUGAUACGUCUGAUCAGAUAUUACAAAUGGCAUGUAUCGAUAGAAAUACGAAUAUUUCCAGAAUAUCCAUCGAUUUAUCUACAGUAUCCCUUGACGAAACUUUCCAGCACUGGUAUCAUCUAGAAGGCGGUCCAGAAGAUGCUCAAGUCCUUCUUCUGAUCACAGUAUCGGGUUCACAUGGCGCCGGUGAAGCAAUUGAAACAGACGAGUUCAACUAUAACGAUAUUCGGAAUACAAGGAUUCAGAAAUACGAUAUUUCAAAUACAUUCAAUGAUAUUUCCGAUAUUGGAACUUUGACUGUAAAAUUGUUUGGAGCGGAGGACUUGGUGGCCAAGGAUUUUGGAGGGAAGAGCGAUCCAUUCGCAAUUUUAGAACUAGUAAACACCAGAGUUCAGACGAAUACAAUUUAUAAAACAUUGAGUCCGAGUUGGAACAAGAUUUACACUUUCGCUGUCAAGGAUAUUCAUACGUAUCUACAAGUCACAAUUUUUGAUGAAGAUCCAAAUAAUCGAUUUGAGUUUCUCGGUCGUGUACGCAUUCCUUUGAAAUCCAUUAGAAAUUGUGAGAAGAGAUGGUAUGGUUUGAAGGAUGAGAAACUAAAAAAACGAGUGAAAGGAGAGGUGCUUCUGGAGUUGGACGUCAUCUGGAAUAACAUUCGAGCAGCGAUUCGAACAUUCAAGCCAAUGGAAAGAAAAUAUAUAAGUCAGGAUCAGAAGUUCAAGCCAGCUUUGUUCAAAACCUAUUUCGUCGAGCUCAAAGAUUUUGUUAGUUCUCUGGCGAGCUGCAAAAAUGACAUGGAAUAUCUUCUCUCCUGGCAUUCCAGAUCCAAGUCUUUGACUGCCUAUGUAAUCUUCAUGAUUUUCGUCUACUACUUUCAAAUUUUCUUCAUCCCUCUUAUGAUUCUCGCCCUUUUCGGAUAUAACUUUGUAAAAUUCAAAACUAAUGGAGAGGAAAUCUCAAGAACACCAAGACACUCGUUGAAAGGUCAGAAAAGUGAGGAGGAAGAUGAAAAGAGUGGUGGUUUUCGUGAUACUCUCAGCUCUAUCCCUGACAUUCUUCAAUCAGUCCAAUCUUUUCUUCAUUUUACCACUCAACUAAUUCAAAAAAUUAAAAACACAUUCAAUUUCACUGAUAUUUGGCUCUCUUUACUGGCGGUCAUCGUCUUAUUCAUCGCCUUCGUCCUACUGUAUUUCGUGCCACUUCGAUGGAUUAUAAUGGUUUGGGGAACGAAUAAAUUCUCAAAGAAAUUGAGAGACCCCAAAUUUGUGGAUAACAACGAAGUAUUGGAUUAUCUAUCCCGAGUGCCUUCUAAUACUGAACUUGUGAGUUUUUUGGGUUACUGUACUUUUGCAAGAAGAAUUUUUCAGCAAGAGCAAUCUAAUGAACGUGUCAAUCGACCAAUUAAUCUGUGA